AUGUCCGAUUGUCACUCUGUUAGUACAUCGACUGACUCUCGAGCUAAACUUUCUGAGAUGGAUAGCGCGCUCGUCGCCGAUCCGACCAAAUACAGGAUCCUCGCAAGAGCCUUGCAGUACCUCACCCACACCCGUCCAGACUUGGCAUAUGCGGUCCAGCAGGUGUACCUCUACAUGCACGAUCCGCGUGAGCUGCAUCUUGCACUCCUCAAGCGGAUUCUGCUGUAUGUCAAAGGCAGCAUCGGCUAUGGUCUUCACCUCGGCACUUCUACCCUGACGACCCUGAUGACCUACUUCGACGUCGACUAG